AUGCAGAAGGGGUUAGACGUUGUCACCGCUAUCGUUGCCGCCACUGCCACAGUUGUUGUCACCGCUGUUGUUGUUGUCGUCGUUGCUGUUGUCGCUGCCACCACUGCCUCUGCCGCUCACAGUAUAAUAUUUCCUGGCUCCAAUGCUGGUGUGGUGAUUCAUGGGAGCAGGUUUUGUUCACCCUUCACUUUGUUGCACACAAGAGCUGUAGUUAUUGAGUUUCUAUCUGAGCUUCUGUCUAUCCCUAGCCUUGUGGUUUUGAAACCACUAGAACAAAUUCUUUCCCUCUAUCCUGCCAUAGAGAGAAAGUAA